GACACCUCUAAGUUAACUACCAAAACAAAAAAAAUAUAAUUUUUUAAUUUAAUGAAUUGCCGUAUGAAACAAGCAAAAUGGAGCGCAAAGAAGUGGACGCACAGCAGUACAUUGAUCACACGCUGCUGGCCUCGGAGCUAAUGCGGGAUCCAAACCACUUUAUCAUGGAUCUGAUCGAUCACACAGGAGUAUUCCCCAAAGCCGAGGGACCCACUAACCUGACCACCAGCACAGGAAAUCCCCCCAAUGAUGGGAGUAGCGGCUACGUGGAGAAAGAUCCGCUGACGCCGGAACUGAACUUUCACAACACAAUCUUCCAGUUUGUAAACAAGCAUGUGAACGAGUCCUCCUCCGCGAACGGCGUGGUGGGGCCGGUGGUGUCGCAGCAAGUGCCGCAGCCUGCCUUCCCAGCCCUGGCCAUAGAGCCCACCGUUCCCAUCGAUGUGUCUGCGGGCCUCCACGCUGUUGAUGAUGAUGAUCUUUUGUAUGUCCACAAUGCGCUAAUGACCAAUGCCCGCAAGGUGCUGCCCCACAAGAAACGCAUCUCCAGGAAGCUUAAGGGCAACAUCGAGGCGGAGAUGGAGCAGCAGCAGCACAAGCAUGUCGUCCAGCAUGUGCCCCCCGUGGCAUCCCUCUAUAGCUGUGAGAUCUGCGGAUAUGCAGUGCACACACAGUUGGAUUUUUUCGCACAUCUUAAGCAGCACUAUGAGCCACCAAUGGCCAUGGAACAGCGACUGGAAGUUCCCAUCCAACAACAGCAGCAGCAAGAACAGCAAAAAGAGCCACUGGACAUGUGCGGUCUCUCAACACAGGAUAAACUGCAACAGGAGCAAGCCAAGCUGGAUCAAGUCUUUCACGAUGUUCAGCUGAACUUUGAGAACUUUCACCCCAUCAGCCAUGUGGAUCACAAUGUGGGCGUGAACGUGGGUGUAGGAGUGCCUGUAAAUGUCAACGAUGUUGGCGUCAAUAUGGUCAUGCAUGGCGAAGCCACAGACAAACUAAAUACCGUGGUGGCCACCAGCACCACGCCCAAUGUCAACGUCAACGUUGUGCCCGUUGUGGAUGAUGUGGAGUUCAGUGACACCGAGGACAUGCUCGAGGGCAUACGGAACGUAGUGGACAAGGUGUCUAUCGAGGACACUUGCGAUGAGCUGGUGGACUUGGAGCUAACCACUGCCACAAUACGAGCGCCCUGGUUUAACAACAACUUCAGUGACAUCACAUUCCCAGGGCUGCUGCUGCCAGGAGAGCCGCCUCCAGCGACAACGGAGCAAAGGGCGACGCCGCUGAUUAAAGAGAAUCAUCAAAAUGAAACAGAGCAGAUGGAUUUGGAUUUCCUCAAUGCCACCAAACGAGAGGAGCUAAAUGAAGUGAAAAUGGAGAAGGGGCUGGAAAAACCCCUCGAGGGGAUGGAACAGCCCUUACUGGUGGCGCCACCAAUGUGCUGUACCUCUCCGGCUCCUCCUGCUGCGCCACCGCCUGGCUCGGUCAUUGAACAGCUGCGUCGAUCCCCGCUAUUCAUACACGAAGCCGCCUUCAAACUGGAGGCUGAUGAAAUGCCCGACGACAGUGCACCGCCCUCACCAUUCGAAAAUGGCGACGUCGAUGGAGAGGAUGAAGACAUUACCGAUGGCUAUGCCAUGGAGAGCAAAGACACGAGUCCGAGCGAGGACUCGCCGAGCAAAACGAGGAGGAAACACUUUUGUGACAAAUGCAACAGGGAUUUCAAUUCGUAUAAUGCACUCAAAUACCAUCAAUAUACACAUAACCAGGAGCGCUCCCACAAGUGCAGAAGCUGCGAAAGAUCCUUCUACAACCAGAGUGCGCUCACGGCUCACGAGAAAAUGCACUCUGGGGUAAAGCCCUUCGAGUGCGAGAAAUGCGACUCAAAGUUCCGACAAUGGGGCGAUCUGAAAUACCACAUCAUCUCCAGGCACAGCGACAUCAAGGCCCACAUGUGCGAGUUCUGCGGCAAGAGCUUUUCCCGAAGGUACUCCCUGGUGCUGCACCGACGGAUCCACACCAGCGAGCGGAAUUACGCCUGCCAGUACUGCGACAAAACCUUUCGGGCGAGUUCCUACCUUCUGAGCCACGUCAAGGUGCACACGGGAGAGCGACCGCACGAGUGCUCCGUUUGCCAGAAGAGGUUUCGCGUCUCGGGGGAUCUUAAGCGGCAUUCCCGCAUUCACGAUCCCGCUAGAAGCAGCCAACCUCCCGCCGCAAAGGUGAAGAAAAAAAAGCUGAAGCAAAUCAAAGACGACGACGAGAAUGAAGAGAAGGAGGUGGUGGUUGCCACCCGUAAACAUAAGUCUGACGCCCCGUGCGACGAAUCUGAGCAGGAAAUCCUAGGCUUAUAGCCAUGCUGUGCCAAGGUUUCUUCAAUAUAGUAUUAGCAAAGAUUUAAGAACACAUGGAUGUCGCAUGUGAGUCGAAAAGUACACGAAGAGAGUGAGAAUGUAAGCAUGAGCCAUCGGAAUACUGCAUAGUAUUGCUUGUAUGCGCCAACUAUGUGUACCAUAAUCGUUUGUACUAGUAAAUUAUAAAUCCUAAGAUUUUUGUACCAUACAACAUAUUUGUAAAUAUCAAGUACGUAAUUAUACAUAAUUAUACUUCCUCGUAAAUGUUCCAAUCUAUUCUCUCCACAUGUUCCCGUUAGUGGGGAAUCACUCGCCACAUUCCACAAUGCAUCUUGUACACGUUGCAAGUGUCCACGGAUAUCCAUUAAAUAAAAAGUCA